AUCUCGGUUCAGCUUUUUCCCCUCCCUCGACGAUAGGAUCUUCGCGUUUUCCGAUCCCGCUUUAGCCGGGCGAAACCCGACGGAUUCUCAGACGAUCGAUCGAUCGAAAAUGGUGAACGACGUACGAAUCCUCCCGAGCGUUCGACGGCAUCGAGGCUGACGCAUCGGUCGUCGCUUCUCCUUUCGAAAAAGUAAUGUUCGUCGAGAUGAUUAGGAUCGUCGUUCCGUCGAUCGCGUCCUCGUCGAAAUCGGCAUUCGCGCCGCCGCGUUCGCGGAUCGCGUGAGCGAGAAGGUGGCUUCCCGCUCUGCUUUAGCCGUCGGUUCCGAGCGUUUCCUGACGAUCUCUUGCUAUUUCGCGACGUUCGCGAGCGAGAAUUGCCUGCAUGAGCCGCUGUUCGAGUCGAGUUUUGCUUCUGUGUGACCGAUUCGUUCGAUCUAGAUGGACCGGAUGAGGCCUCUGUACGUCAGGCAGCAGAGCAACCCCGGGACGCCGGGAGGGUCGGCGUCCCCGACCAGGUCGCCGCUCCACCGGCACGCGCGGUCGGGCUCCACGGGGUACAUGAAGAAGGCGCAGACGAAAGCCGCCGCCCAGAGGCUCGCCCAGGUGAUGGCGCAUCAGCUCGGCGACGAUGAGGAUGACGAGGAUGAUGACCUCUCGUACGAGUACACUCCGGCCAGCGGUGCCGGAAGCAUAGGGCUGGCCGGCGGACGUGCUCCACGGGGUCGCUCGCCGAUGUCAGUUCGUCCCCAUGUAGAGCAGCCACAUUCGGCACGUUCAUCAGCAAUUGGGCGACCAUCGCCGCCCGUGAACUCCAUCGAUCAACUGUCAUUGGCUCGGAUGUCGACUUCUACUCGGUCGGCUCAAUCUGCUGCUGCUGAACAAUCUCAACCGAGCCGCACAGUGGUUGUUGGCAGGUCGCCGCAGUCCGCUAACGCAGAGCAACCAUCACUGCCUCAUAUAUCAACUCCAACUCAAUCAUUUCAUUCUGCUGCCGCUGAACAAUCUCAACCUACUCGUUCCGUGGUGGCGGGCAGGUUGCCCCAGUCAGCUAACACAGAACAACCAUCGUUGGCUCAUAUAUCGACUCCCACUCAAUCAUUUCACUCUGCCGCCGCCGAACAAUCUCUUCCUGCUCGCUCGGUGGUGGUAACGAGCAGGCCAUCUCAGUCAACUAUCCCAGAACAACCUCCAUCCGCUCGUUCAACAUCAGGUAGCCGUCCAUUUUUAGGAGUUAAAACAGUGACUAUGGUGCCUGCUAGUGUCCCGAUAUCUUUAAAGCCAUCCUACUCUGUCAUUCCAACUGAGACUCCAGUUGAACAUCGCAGAGACAAAAGCAGAUUGUCUGUGGAUUGGGAUAACAUGAGCACAAAAGAGACUAGCAAUCACCGAUCUGCUUCUGCUUUACAAGAUGAGCUUGAUAUGCUACAAGAAGAGAAUGACAGCUUACUUGAAAAGCUUCAACUUGCAGAAGAGAGGUGUGACGAAGCAGAGGAUAAAGCUUGGCAGCUUGAGAAGCAGAUUUCUUCUCUAGGUGAAGGGGUAAAUUUGGAAGCUCGUCUUUUGAGCAGAAAGGAAGCAGCCUUGCGGCAAAGGGAGGCUGCUCUAAGAGAUGCGGGACAGACUCAAGGAGGGAAAACAGAAGAGAUUGCUAAUCUUCAAAUUGAAGCUGAGAUAGCAAGGGAUGAGGCAACAUCUGCAUGGGAGAAGCUUCAUGAAGUUCAGACAAUUUCUCAGAGGACCAUACUGACCCGAGAAGAAAUGGAGGAAGUGGUCCUAAAGAGAUGUUGGCUUGCUCGGUACUGGAGUCUAUGUAUUAAAUACGGUAUUCAUGCAGAAAUCGCUGAAGCAAAGCACGAACACUGGUCAUCCCUUGCCCCUUCUCCCAUGGAAGUUGUACUAGCUGCAGGGCAAAAAGCUAAAGAAAAGAAUUCAUAUAUUUAUGACAAUAUGAAUGAAAGAGACAGAUUUCCACGAGAUAAAAACGAGCACUCUGGAGAGCUGAAUAUUGAGAGCAUGCUUUUAGUUGAGAAAGGUUUGCGGGAACUAGCUUCAUUGAAGGUGGAGGAUGCAAUUUUGCUUGCAAUGGCUCAGCACCGACGUAAAAGCAUUCUCAAAUCUGGUGAUGCAGGUGUAUAUGACUUGAAGUUGCCAAUUGAGGGACAGACAGAAGUAUUUGAACUGAGCAAAGAGGAAUCUGAAGAUGUGCUUUUCAAGCAGGCAUGGCUGACAUACUUUUGGAGACGAGCAAAAAACCAUGGGCUGGAAAUAGAUGUAGCAGACGAGCGCCUGCAAUUCCUUAUCAACCAAAGCACUCGGUCACCUACAUCGCAAGACGCGGUCGAUGUCGAGCGAGGUCUCACUGAGCUAAGGAAGCUCGGCAUCGAGGACCAGCUGUGGGAAGAUUCGCGCAAAGGAUCCGCGCUGGACAACGGCAAUGUCAGAGCAGAAAAUGACACCUGACAUUCUACCGCCGACAAAUUCACUCGCAUCCCCCAUCACAGAUAUCAAGGAGAGCCAUCGAUCAAACCACACCGAUUCUCGAGGAAGAAUCCGGAUCUCCUCCAUUUUCCUUGUGUAGAUUCGCGCCAUGUAUCAAGGACAAAUCCCGAGCGAGCUUACUAUAAAUUUAUCGAACAACACAUUAGAUGUUAGACGCGCCUAUUUUGGGCUAUUUAACCUUAUUACUUAAUUGCCGUGCGUCAAAGCUAGACGUGCAUUUCCAA